GUCAUUCGUUAUUCGUUCAACGUCGCCGAGUGGCAAAACAGAGAAAAUCGUAUCGUAAACGAUUCUAUAAUUAGCAAUGUAUGUCGAGUGUGUGUAAGAUGGUUGAAUCGUUUUACUAUUGAAGAUUAACGAAUGAUUGAUUCGUCAACAUCAUCAAGGAAGAAAACACAAGGCUAUAUGUGUGUCUGUCUGUGUGUCUGUGUGUGUGUGGGUGUGUAUGGAGCGAACAUCGCACUCGUAGUUUCCACCAGUGAUAUAUAAACUAUUAUAAACCUGAACCUUGGAUUAAACAAACUGUGUGAUCACCAAUCGAUGACAUUGGCCAUUCUGAAACAAUUUCCGAAUGACCAUCGGCAAUGCAGCUUAUAUUUUGAUUUUUCUAUCUGCUUGUAUACCAAGUUUAUCUGAAUAUUUUUACAUGUCCUACAGACAGAUUGUUGGCGGACUUUAUCCAGCAUAUCUUGCCUAUAAGGCACUCAAACGACGAGAUGGACCAGAAAUUACUCGAUUGGUCAUGUAUUUCAUUGUAUUUCAGAUAUUUUGUUCUGUCGAAUUUUAUCUGGAUCUUUUCCUGGCAUUUUGGUUGCCAUUCUACUACGAAAGUAAAUUGAUAUUCAUAUAUUGGCUCAUUUCGCCGUAUGGAAAUGGUGCACAAAUUUUGUAUGAAAAUCUGAUAAGCAAAAAAUUCGAACAACACGAACAAAACAUUGAUAAACAGAUUGGUAAUCUGCGACAAUUUGCCAUCGACUCAACGUGGCACUUGUUGGCCAAAUUCAACUGUUGUUUGAAUCGUCUACUUGUUCUGGCCAUCGCAAAGGCCCAAAUGGCAGCUAUACAAUAUGUGCAUGCACAACAGAAUUUGAUGAAAAAACCCGAACCAAUCCAGGAUGAAAUGGCAGAAACGGAUGCUGGACCAUUAAUCGAAAUGAUGGAAACUGAUAACGAUGAAACUGAUCAAUCAUUGUCAAUCAAAAGCAAACAAGACCAAGAACAAGACGAACAAGAAGGACAGGUGGUCCAAACAAAGAAACCGUUACGAAAGACGAAAAGAAAACGUCGAAUUACAAUCGAAGACAUAUCAUCAUUGUUCGUGGCAACCGAACAGAACCACAAUGGACCUGUUACCCGUUCACAAGCGGCAAACAGACAGACUACCAUUGACAACAUGUGACAUUGAUUUGAGUUUUUAUCAUCAUGGAUUGUGUGUAAUUUUAUGGUGCAUGGAUUUUUGUUUAUUUGUUUAUCAUUUGUUUUUAUAAUUAUAUCAUUAUAAUCAUAUUAUUAUGCGUGUUAUUAUUCAUUCUUGACAUUUGAUUACAUUUGCUCGUCAUCAUCUUCAUCUGGACAGUA